GGAGUUAGCUCGGAGGGCUUGUAGCUAUCAUGAUGCGGUUCUCAGGCAUAGUGAUAGUGAUCCUGGCCAUAAUGAUGACUGCCAACGUGGAUGCCAAGAUUUAUGAACGCUGCGAGCUAGCAAGGAAGCUACAGAAGGCAGGCCUCAACAGCUACAAAGGCUAUGGCAUCGGAGACUGGUUGUGCAUGGCACACUAUGAGAGUGGCUUUGACACCUCCUUCAUGGACCACAAUCCUGAUGGCAGCAGUGAAUAUGGCAUUUUCCAACUGAACUCCGCCUGGUGGUGUGACAAUGGCAUCACACCCACCAAGAACCUUUGCCACAUGGACUGCCAUGAUCUGCUUAACCGCCAUAUUCUGGAUGACAUCAUGUGUGCCAAGCGGGUAGUGUCCUCAAAGACCAGUAUGAAUGCCUGGGAUUCAUGGAACCAGCACUGUUCUGGCCAUGAUUUAUCUGAAUGGCUCAAGGGAUGUGAUGUGUAUGUGAAACCCAACUCAAACAAAAUUAAUUCAUAA